CAAUGGGAUGUUCCGGCAGUGCGUGCUGCAGUGUGUUAACCGCGCCUCACAUAAAGAAAUGGCAGAAACUGCUCCAGCACCAGCCGCCCCUGCUCCGGCUAAAGCUCCCAAGAAGAAGACCGCGGCCAAGCCCAAGAAAUCGGGUCCCAGCGUGUCGGAGCUCAUCGUCAAGGCUGUGUCUGCCUCCAAGGAGCGCAGCGGGCUGUCCGUGGCGGCGCUCAAGAAGAUCCUGCAGGCCGGCGGCUACGAUGUGGAGAAGAACAACUCCCUCGUCAAUAGAGCCCUCAAGAGCCUGGUGACCAAGGAGACCCUGCUACAGACCAAGGGCACCGGCGCCUCGGGCUCCUUCAAGCUCAAUAAACAGGCGGCUGAAGCCAAGGAGAAGGCGGCCAAGAAGAAGGCAGCUCCCAAGAAACCAGCGGCAAAGAAAGCGGUUGUCAAGAAAACAACGAAAAAGGUUUCGGCAAAGAAAGCAGCGACACCCAAGAAGACUCCCACGAAAGCGAAGAAACCGAAAGCUGUAAAGAAGGCGCCCAAGAGCCCGAAAAAAGCGGCUGCCAAGCCUAAAAAGGUCGUAAAGAAGAGCCCGAAGAAAGCGAAGGCAGCGCCUAAACCUAAAAAGGUGACCAAGGCAGCUAAACCCGCAGCGAAGAAGGCGGCUCCUAAAAAGAAGUGAGCGGUUAAAGCAACGAUGUAACAAUGAACCCAAAGGCUCUUUUCAGAGCCAACACAUCUUUCUAAAGAGAGCAGAUUUUCCUUAUAUACAUAAUAAACGUGACACUCAUUCGAUGUUUUAGCACGCGGUUUAAUAGUGUAAUAUUAGAGUAAACCAUUCGCUACCUGAUUAUGCGUAAUCACGAUGAAAUUGUUAUGAAUUAACGUGGACCGCUUUAUUGUUUUGCAUUGUGUGUAAAAAUAAUGUGAUAUCUUGUAACAAUUGUAAGUCGACCUGGAUAAGAGCGUCUGCUAAGAAAUAAAUAAUAAUAAUAUUAAUAAUAAUA